AUGUCCCGAGAUGAGGGUCAACCGCAACCUACUGGUCUCAAUGUGAUUGGAACUGGAGUAAUUGUUGAUGAUGGAACCAUGGAGGACCUUAUUGAUAAACUCAGGCUUUUGCGCUAUGAAGCUGAUUUUUGUCCUCGAGUAAAGCCUCCGUUCAAACCUUUGAGCAAGUAUUAUUUUUCCGGUCCAUCAUCUAUUGACAAUCCAAAUGCUCAGUUUCAUUAUUUUACAUCUUUGUGCUCUUGGUUAAUGGGACUUUGUGGUCAUAGUUUUGAACCUCCUGGUCAAUUUGAUGAUCCUACUGCCACAUCAACAAAUAUAUUAACAGAGUUACGUGCUAUGAAUUUAUCAGCACCAAAUCUUGCUCCAAAUCGUAUACGACAAGGAAAUGGAGAAGCAGUUUUAACUAUUCUUUCUGUCUUAGCAGAUCAAGCUCUUUUAAAGAAAGGUUUUAAUGUUCGUUCUAUUGAUUAUACCAACGUUGAAAAAUAUGAUGAACUUGACGGGGUAACUGAAACUGAUGAUGAAAACACAGUUGGAGAAGAAGUAGAAGAUAAUGUUAUGAUUGAAAGUGAUGGUGAAGAUGAAGUAUAUGUUCGUGCAACUGGAGAAAAAUCAGCUAAAGAAGAUAGUGGUAUUCCAAUAGAGUCUGAAAUAAAUGCUGAAGAGUGGAAUUUGGAAGUUGAAAGAGUAGGACCAAUGCUUCAAGUAAGAUCUGAAGGAGUACAAGAUUGGCGUUCUCGAAUUGAAAGUGCGACUGUUCUAUUAAAGGCUGUUGAAAAGAUGUACCCAGAGGUGAAACAAAUGCUUCAACAUGUGGGAGAUGACUUGGAAAAAUCAAAGGAUCGCAUUCAGAAACGUGAACAAACUCUUGCUCAGCAAUUUUCUGAACAGGUUGAAGACUAUCGAGUUAAACUUCGUGAGUUAAAUACCUCACAAGAUUCUGCAAAUAUGGCAAACCAAAGUGUUCAACAACUUUCUGCCGAAUUGAAUCAAGUAAGUGGAUUAUUGGAUCAAGUAAAAAGAGAUAUCGAAGAAAGGGAGGCAAAAAUAUCAGAUACAACUCCUUUAAUGCAAGUAAAAGAUGCUGUAAUGAAAGUGAGAGCAGAAAUCAAGCAAAUGUCUUUGAGAAUUGGUGUAUUACAACACACGGUUCUUCAUUAUGUGAUGAAGCAAACUAAAGCUAAGCGGGAGAGAUCAGGUAAUGAUAUGGAGUUAGACGACUGGGAAGAUUUAGAGUCUAUGUAG